CCAGAAAGGAUGUUGCAAGACAGCGAACUUUCCUUCAGAUUUUAGAAGAGAAGGUCCCUUUCAUCUCUGCCUGGAAUCAUGGCAGUGAAUAAACAUUGCUAGCUCCAAGGACAGUGCUCCCAAGGGCUCUCGAGGCAGAUGAGGUGAGGUGCUGAAGAAAAGGGGAGAAGAAUGCAGAAAGUGUGAAAGCCUUUCACCAGUCUGAGUCCCCUCGGACGUUGCACAGGGUUGGGAUCUACCUUGCAUGCGACAGAUGGCUUCAGGGUUACCAUUCCUGCUCUGACUUAGCGUGUGCAAUCAGUGGAAAGAGACCAAGACCCCCCCAGCGUGAUUCCCCUGAGCUGCCUUAGCUAUCAACCUGAUAUAAAUGAGUUGUGCUCUACAGGGUAUAUAAGAGCGGAUGCUAGAAUCCUGUGUAGGUUAGAGACUGUGAAUAGGUAAGAAUUAUUGUCUCUCUUGAUUAAAAAAAAUGAUGGUAUUACAAACAGUUUUUAUAUGUCAGGUUCAAAACAGAGGGAAGUAGUCCUCACAACAUUCAGGUGAACAUAUUCCCAUUGCCAGGGGAUGCUGCUGAUGCCAAAAGUAGCUGUGAGUUCAAAAUGAGAUUGGACAAGUGAAUAGAAAAAAAUCUAGGUGUGGUGAAAUGCAAAGAUAAGCUUGAUAUCAACUGACUUCAGACAGCUUCCGCAUAGAUGUGUACUCACAAACAUCACCCCCUACUCUUAUUACAGCCAACAGAAAGGAACAAGAACUUCUAGAGCAUCACUCGCUAGCUUAUUUUGGACACCUACAUCCAGGGAAGAGAAUUAUGUACUCCAGAGUCUGCAGCAGGCCAGGAGAGCACCUAGGAAGGAAAUGUGCUUCUUCUCUUUCCUGGCAUUUGCUCAUGAUGAUGGCAGAAGACAGGGCAUGGGGUUGGUUAAACCUUUCAUACCUGCUCUAGGUGUGCCUGUUCCUGCCAUCAGACUGUCAAAGACACCCUCAGGGAGGGAAUCUUCUCCAGUGUCAGCACUGAGGAGUUUUGUCUAAUCCAUACACCUGAUGUGACUCCUCAGCCUACUCCCACUGCUGCUGAGCUGGGUCAGAUGCGCUCCGUGCACGUGUUGCUUGCUUCUUCAGGGUAUAAGGAACGGAAACUCUGGCUGCACGGAGAGUUCACAGGGCUCACCAGUCUCAGAGUCCCCAGAAAGCACCUUUAACCAUGGAAGGAGGAUAGAAAGCAGAAACGUCAUCGGCCAUCGUAUGAGGUGGAAGCAAGGUGCACAAGGUGAUACAGGGCUGCCUGCCAUCAAGCAGUGGCUGAUUGCCAGAUGCUUCUGCUUUGCUUAACAAAGCUUAUGAGUCAGACACGCAGAGAGAAAGGUCCAUCGUUCAGGAGCCAGAGCAUUCCUUUCCCUUUUGACAAUGUUCAGGUUUCAGGAAAUGCAGUGUGCCAGAACAACGUGCCCUCCCAAGCCUUGCUCUGAAGAAGAGUACGUUCUCCCUCUCUGCGCAACCGCUUCUGCCACAGAGGCUGCCUUCUAGAGAGUUCAGCCAAGCAGUUAGAGCUUGCAGCUGCAAAAAUCUGCUCAGCCCUGAGACUAGAGGGCUGUACAGCAGUGUUCAGCGCUGUCACGAAGCCUGAGUAUCAGUGCCAAAGGACCAGCGUUGGGCAAAAUACAUACAGGUGGAAGGGGAGUUUUGAUACAUCUCUGUUCGUACAGCCGUUGGUCAGGGAUGAAUAAGGUUUUGGGAAGAGCCAUUUAAGUGCUGCGACCGUCACAAACAGGCUUUGCAACACUUAAAUCCUUCCUACAAAUGGUGUUGGUGCAGGGCCCAGGAACACGUGGCUGAAUCCAGGUUGCACAGAACACUGCAUGCUGCAGGGCCCUACCUGGACCACCGCCAGCUUCUCACCUUGUUUCUCAGUCCAGGUUUACCAGAGCUUGACCAUCUGUGUUUGCAAUGCAACAAGUGAAAGAGAACAUUCCCUGCCCCACUGAGGUCCUCUCUCCUGCUGGAGGGACCAGCCGUCCCCAGAUUUUUCGCUUCUGCUGUCUCCUAUACUCCAUUUGCCCUCAGAGAAGCUCAGAGAGACCCUUGGGGAUAGGGGACACCAUCAAAAGAACGCCUACACCUCUGCAGACGGUGUGACAGAAAUGAUGACACGUGGAACAGGAAUGACCCAAAGCGGUUGGUUUUGCACGGUUGCAGAGCACCACGUGUUUCUCUUGCGCCCAGCACUGCCCUCCUUCACUACCCCACCUGGCACAGCCCCACUGCAACUCCAGCACCCUUGUGAAUCAUUAACAGCCCAAGCCCAGCUGCUCCUUUCACUCAAUUUUCUUUACCAGCCUCUAAACCUUUAACUCGAGCGAGGCACAGACCAAAAAGAGUCAAAAAGACUUCACGUGGCUCUGCAUCUCCUGAUAACACCGCAAGCAGCCAGAGCAACGGCGGGCAGAUAUGCCCCAUCCCUGCAUCCCUGCUGGUCCUCCCUGCAACAAGGGUUCCCGUUUGUCCUUUGCGCUGACGCCACACACAUCCCCAUUCCUCCUUUUACAGAGAGCAGUCUCCUCCGGGGUUUGCGAUAGGACUCAAUGUAAAAGCACCUCUCCGUCAUCUCCAUGAAUUCUCUGGCCCUUCUGCUUUCCUAGGAGCGUUUGGUCAUUUAUGUCCACGAAAGAAACUGCUGUUCCCAUGCGUGGCUGCUUGGCGUAGGGUGGAGAUAUCUACUUUAAGGCUUGUCGAAGGAGGCGGGCACUGAGGAGCAGUCAGUCUUAAAGCUGAGACAUACACAAAUGAAGGGGACAGGAGGGAGCAGGCACAGCUACAGCCGAGAGCUGAGGACAGGUGUAUAAAAGAGCGUGGCAUGAAGGCGGCGCGCCAGCACGUGAAAACACAGCAGUUCACGCAGCUGCCUGGAGGAACGUGUACCGCAGCAGCGUAUGGGUGUGAGAGCAGCUUUGCUUGAACCAGAUCUGGAGAUCCUUCCAGAGGACUUGUUAAGGUCCCUUGCAAAAACGAUGAAGCCUAGAAGGGUGCCAGUGCUCCUGACGCUGGCAUUUCUGUCCUUCCUUUUCAUCCACUUCCAAUUCCAACCCUGCAGCAACAGUGCCCUCACGGAAGACAAAUCUUCUCCAGUCCACAUCCUCAUUCUCUCCUCCUGGCGGUCAGGAUCUUCCUUCAUUGGACAAAUCUUCAGCCAGCACCCCAGUGUCUUCUACCUGAUGGAGCCUGCAUGGCAUGUGUGGGUUAGGAUGCACCAGAACAGCGCUGAAGUCUUACAAAUGGCAGUGCGGGACCUAGUCAGGUCGGCCUUUCUGUGCGACAUGUCUGUGUUUGAUGUUUACAUGUCUCGCCAGAAGCAAAAGUCUGAUUUAUUUCAGUGGGAGACAAGCCGAGCCUUGUGCUCCCCCCCUGCCUGCGACUCAUUCAGUCGCAAUGACAUUAUCACUGCACACAACUGCAAAACAAUGUGUAGCAAAUACCCAUUCAGCAAGGUGGAGGAAGCUUGUAAAACCUACAGCCAUAUCGUCAUCAAGGAGGUUCGGUUCUUCGACCUGAAAGUUCUCUACCCGCUUCUCACCGAUCCAUCCCUGAACCUUAAAAUCAUUCACUUGGUACGCGAUCCUCGGGCUGUGUUCAGGUCCCGAGAGAAGUCAGUGUUCGAGCUGAAACGUGACAGUGACAUUGUCGUGCGGUCCCAGUGGACAACAGAAGAAACGGAGCCCUACGACGCAAUGCAAGUGAUCUGCAAAAGCCAUGUGGAGAUCUACAAGGCAGGCACUCAGACCAUUCCCAGCUCCUUGAGAGAUCGCUACUUGCUGGUUCGCUAUGAAGACAUCGUCAGAGACCCAUUAGCAAGGGCUGCUCAGAUGUACAGGUUUGCAGAACUCCAUUUCACACCAGAACUUCAGAAGUGGGUACACAACAUCACCCACGGGAAGGGGCAAGGCACACAGGCUUUUGUUAUUGGGUCCAGAGAUGCGCUGAGAGUGUCCCAGGCCUGGAGGACAACCCUUCCCUUUGAGAAAAUAGAAAAAGUGCAAGAUGUGUGCAAGGAUGCAAUGGACCUGCUGGGCUACCGGCUCGUUCAGUCUGAAGAAGAGCAGAAAGAUAUAUCACUGGAUCUUUCGUUUGCCCAGAAAGCCUCUGAGUAACAAAUUCUAAUGGCAGAAAAGCUGCUUUCUGCAUCAACUCUCUGCAGGCUGCAGAGUGGAAAACUGUUUACUAGAGCAAAACAGGACAGAGGUGUUUGCAUACGUGUGUAAGAGUGCGUGCAUGGGUGUGCUGUGCAAGGACAAGUAACACAGGAACCCCGACUGCGCACAUGAGAGCUUUCUCAGCGGCUCAGGGUCACUCUCCAAAGGGUCCUGGCAGUUCAACCAGAAGGCAGGCUUAAGGAAUGCAAUGCAAGUCUGUUUUCCAAAUUAAUUCCAUGGAAGCAUGUAUAGGUCGGAGCAAACAGAAUGCUAAAGGAGUGGGACCAGAUAGCAGAGCUCAAACCCCUCACAGACCACAGCUGAACACUACUGAAACCACUUAGAGCAACUGCACUGCAAUGGAAAAGGAAAUAUAAAUGGAAGCUGAAUAAAAAGAGCAUUAUUUGCUAUGCCGCAUGCAGGACAUGUAAUGCCUGAAGAGACACGGGGAUGACCAGACAUUGGCUUCUGGAAAGAUCCUUUUUUUUUAAGUAACGGCUGAGUUUUCAAGCCCAGUUUUUCUUUUGCUCCAUUCUUGUGCCUGGGCAUCCAGCCUUGGUGGCAAUGUUAGGGAAAUAUUUGUGUUCACUUACUGUAUAAUGGGACAACUGAAUAAACCGGCUAUGGUUGGAAAUAAAAACUCCUGGGUUUG